AUGGAAAAGAGCACGACUCUGAUACGUUUUAAUGAAAUUUACACCAUACCAGAGGAUUCCAACCUUAAUGACACUGAACAUACAGCACGACAGUUUAACACAGUAACCAGCGGUACAACACGUUAUGAAGUGGGAAUCGCCAAGGAAAGGAGGGAAACGGGAUUUACGUAUGGCACGACUUUAGUACCCAAAGUCUGUACAGUAAGAAAAAAAAUGCUGGUGUUAGAUUUGGAUGAAACGCUAAUUCACUCCUCAUUCGAACCCUCAAACAACUCUUUCCCAAUGCAAUUGAUGCAGAAUGGUGUGGAGAGAACGAUUUACAUAGGUAAGCGUCCGUACUUGUCUGAGUUUUUAUCUGUGGUAUCGAAUUUUUACGAGAUUGUGAUUUUUACUGCGGGUUUAAAAUCGUACGCGGACCCCGUGAUUGACUUCAUUGACCCUGACGGGGUGUGUAAGAGAAGAUUAUUCAGGGACAGUUGUAAGUACUGGAACGGUUACUACAUUAAGGAUCUUGAGAUUCUUAAUAAGCCCCUGAAGGACGUGGUUACUAUUGAUAAUUCGCCCUGUUGUUACUGUUUAAAUCCGGAAAAUGCCAUACCCAUUGAGACGUGGUUUAACGAUGAAAAUGACUCAGAAUUGUGUGAUUUAGUGCCUCUGCUGAGGCGUUUGGCACACACUGAGGAUGUCACCAACAUAAUUCCCUCGCUCUUUAACCAUGAAAUUUUCUUCACCAAAGUCACAAUCUCACAAAUCAAACAAUUGUAA